AUGAGAAUACCUACUUCCAUCCACUUGGCUCUUUUUAUGGCCUCGGUCGCCACCGCAGCCGACUCUACAUGUGCUAUUGACUGCUUCCAAGGCCUCAUCACGAAUGGCCCUCCUGCAGGGUGCAAAGAGGCCACGAACUAUCUCUGCUUCUGUACAAUGCCUACGCUGCAGGACAACUUUGUUCAAUGCGCCGACAAGACUUGCGCCGAUAAGAAGGAUGAGGCUAUGACUUGGGCAAAUGAGCUUUGCUCGAAACUUGGAAAGCCUAUUGAUCUCGGAGGCUCUGGUGGAUCUCCCAAGACUGAUGAGACUACAGCUGUCGAUGCACGAACUACCAGCGCCAGUGGUGAGGUGAACCCAACCACCGAAGCUGGAAAGACGACAGAUGCGGUUCCGACCACUACUACAGAGGCCAAGACAGAAUCUAAGGUUGAGGAGACCUCAAGCGACAACACAGCUGAGGUCACUUCUGAGUCAUCAGCUGUUGAAACAACCGCAACCUCGAUCAAGACGACAGUCAGCAAGCCAAAAGGAACGACCGACGCAUCGGGCAGUGCAGCUGAAGCUACGGCUGAUCAGACAAGCGAUGACUCUGUUGUCACGAUUACCGGGACUGCCGAUACCGCUACUGCAGCGCCGUCUCCGACCGACGGUUCCAACGUCGCCAAUUAUGCAGGCCCUACCUUUUACGCUGCCGUUGGUGUUGCAGCCGCGCUUUGGCAAUUACUGUAA